AUGUGCAGCUCCACCAUGAAGGCUCACAGAGCCGGCACAGGGCAGUCCGUGGCCCAGAUCGAUGGUCGACGGGUACUUCAGCCGGCGUGCAACCGCGUCGUCAUCGGCCGGGAAACCGGCCGUCCGAUGAAGAAGCUCCACGACCUAAAGGUGAACGCUGCGGCCUCUCCUGCGAUUUCCGUGGCCAGUGAGGAAGUCGAAGCUUGCGAUUAUGGCGGCCAAGUCGUCAUCACAUCCCGGCCACCUCUCCAGACGCCCAAAACCGUUCACAGAAGGAGCGACGAUCCCAAAGGCCUCAACUCAAGCGCCGAGAAGCCUGUCUCGCCGUCAGCCGUGCUUAAGAGCUUGAAGAAAUCUGCGCAGGCGUGUGCCCAUGUCCACGCGAUCCCGUCCUUGCCGGCGCAGCAGGGUAAGGCGGCGGCGCCGGGGAGUAUCGCGGCGGCGCAGAGGGAGCAGGCAACGUUCAUUCGGGCGCAGAGGAAGAUGAAGAUUGCCCACUACGGCAGGGCCCCGGGAAAGAUUUCUCCCGUCGACUCCUCCUCAUCCCGUACUGAAGCCACCGGGGGCGGAGCACAGGAUGAGAAGAGGUGCAGCUUCAUCACGUCCAACUCAGGUACUUUCAAUCUUGGUUGUAUCGGAGGAACUAAGCUACCAGGCCCAAGAAUUCUAUUGGCUGAUCUUCGCCUGUUCGACGAGCAGAUCCCGUCUACGUCGCCUACCAUGACGAAGAAUGGGGAGUGCCCGUCCAUGAUGACAGGUGUGCUCUUCAGAUGUCACAAGACCUCUUUUGUCUAGAUUUCCAGAGAAAACUUAUCUAAAUUCGUAAAUUUUUCUUCCCUGCAGAAUGCUGUUUGAACUAAUGGUUAUGGCCGGAGCUCAGGUGGGAUUAGACUGGACGACCAUCCUCAAGAAACGGGAGGAUUUCAGGUACUGAUCAUGAGGAAAACAUGAAUCUUUAUCUCCGGGUACCUUCUUCGUAGGAGAUGGCGUUGGUUCUGAGAGCGUUGGCAUGCAUACAGAUCAGCGUUCGCGGGAUUCGAUCCGGAGGUGGUGGCGAAGUUCACUGAGAAACAGAUGGCUGCUAUCUGCUCCCGGUUCAGGAUGGACAUAGCGAGGGUCCGUAGUGUCGUCGACAACGCUAACUGCAUACUUGAGGUUUUUUCGAUAAACCUCUCUCUCUCUCUCUCUCUCUCUCUCUCUCUCUCUCUCUAAAAGCUGUCUGAGACCUUCUCUUGACAAAGACUUUCUAUAGAAUCUUGCACACCUAGGAUAAGCUAAUGAAGAGAGCCGUUAUUUACAGCCGACCCGUCACUGCCUGGCCAACUAUACGCCAUCUCUGACUUUAAGAUUAGAAGUCAAUUGAGGGGACUUCUCCCUAGUUUACGUCAUUCUCUACCACAGCUUCAUUCGCAAGAAAUCUCUAUUCUGAAAGAAUAGGCUUCCAUUGACCCAAGCCUUACGAGCGAGAACAAGCCCCUGGCUCGCUCCACAGGAGCCUGAUUAUAAAAACCAGAUUAUCACAGCUGUCAUGCAACCUUUCAACUAAAUUCGCUCGUUGACCGGGUUUUUCUGGAUUAAACUACUCAUUCUGGCUUUUAUUUCCAUGUGCAUGAAUAAAGUAGUCUCUUAAAGCGGCACAACAUGCAUUAAUAGGAGCUCUGUCCCUCUCGAUCGAUAUACGUCUUCCAAACCGAAUUUUGCAAAUUUCAAUCAGAAACUAAUCAUCGUGUAAUAGAAAUACCGUCGACGAUACUUGUAUUUACGCAUGAGAUUCAGCAGUUUCAGACCUCUUUCCUUCAUAGAAAUUAUGAGCUGUAAGGAAAGAAUGCUAGUCGUAAUGGCGCUGAAGAGCGAAGAACUGGUCUUUCUUUAUCUGAGAAAUGAUUAAGGUUUUCUACGGACUUGCAGGUUAGGAAGGAGGUCGGAUCGCUGGAUGAGUACUUCUGGGGCUUCGUGAACCACCGGCCCAUUUCCACCCGGUACAGCAGCUGCCGGAAUAUUCCGGUGAAGACCUCCAAAUCCGAGGCCAUCAGUAAGGACAUGGUGCGCAGGGGCUUCCGCUUUGCCGGCUCCGCCGUCAUCCACUCCUUCAUGCAGGCGGCUGGCCUCACCAACGACCACCUUCUCUCCUGCCCACGCCACCGCCAAUUAAUCCAGCCCAACUGCGCCACCACCGCUACCGCCACCACCCCACCCACCGCCCCCACUCCAUAG